UGUGUGUGUGUGUGUGUGUUGGCAGUUAGACCUGUUCCUCCUGACACACUGCUCUGUCGACGCCGAGCCUCAUCAACACAGGAAGCAGAGCACAGUCCCGACAGCAUGGGGUCAUAACUCAUCCUCAUCACAGCCAGAUGAUUUGAUCAGUGUGGAGUUUCCUCAUUUCCUCUGUCCUGAGCUGCACUUUGGACGCUGACGUGAACAUGGCCACCGAUUUGGGAUACAACUUUGUUUUUAAAGUGGUGUUAAUUGGUGAAUCUGGAGUUGGGAAGAGCAACCUGCUGUCCCGAUUCACCAAGAGCGAAUUUAACCACGACAGUCGCACCACCAUCGGGGUGGAGUUCAGCAAUCGCAGCGUGCAGCUGGACGGAGUGACCAUUAAAGCGCAGAUUUGGGACACAGCCGGUCUGGAGCGCUACAGAGCCAUCACCUCAGCGUAUUACAGAGGUGCGGUCGGAGCCCUGCUGGUGUAUGACAUCAGCAGACACCUGACGUACGAGAACGUGGAGCGCUGGCUGAAGGAGCUGUACGACCACGCCGACCCUCACAUCGUCAUCAUGCUGGUGGGGAAUAAGAGUGAUCUGGCAACCCAGCGCACCGUCCCCACAGAGGAGGCCAAAGCUUUUGCAGAGAGUAAAGGUCUGCUCUUCAUCGAAACUUCAGCUCUCCAAUCAACCAACGUCGAGAGUGCGUUCCUCCAGGUUCUCACAGAAAUCCAUAAGAAGGUGGCGAGUAAACAGGUGACUCGAGGCUCCAUCAGCGCCGUGACUCUCGGCACCACCGGACCCAUCAUCGAACCUACAGAAGAGAGCAGGAGCUGCUGUAGGAAACAGUGAAGAUCAAAUCAUCAUCCUCGCAGAGAUGCCUACAGCGUUACCAGCUUUAUACAGCGUAACAGUGCAGCUGGUCCCUCGGCUGUGUUCCAAUACUGCUCCUCAAUGCACACUCCUCCACUUCCCCUUGAUCAGCUCAGUUUCUUCUAAUCCGCUCGUGAGGAUCGAGUUGACGUCACUGUAUUCCGUCCAUUAGGAAAAUCUGUAAUGGUUUCCAUCAGAUUCCUGAAGGUUUCCAUUACAGAUAUUCUGAUUAAUAUUAAACACAACUAGAACCCAAGAGAACCUUCUUUUAGGAGAAUCAGAGAAUCCAUCAGAAACCAUCAGGAUCCACACAUUCCAUGAAACUACCAUUAUAGACCACCAGAAACACAUUAAAACCCAUUAGGAACCUGAAAAUCUGUAAUGGUUUCCAUCAGAUUCCUGAAGGUUUCCAUUAGAGAUGAUCCAAUAGGACCUUUUUUAACCAUCACAAUGAAAUCAGAUACUCCAUCAGAAACCAUUAGAAACCAUUACAGACAGCCAGAAAUGCAUUAAAACCCAUUAGGAACCAGUAGAACUCUGUAUAUAGCUCAUUUUAAUCCACUUCAGAUCGAACUGGCUAAUUUUAAAUUUAGAUUAAUUUUUGUUGCAUGCUAAUUUCAGCCAACAGUGUUGAUUAGCUUGUGAAUAGCUUAAAAAGCUAAAAUUGGGUGUAUUAUUAUUAUUAUUAGAAUCAUAUAGAAAUUAAAAAAACAACAACAACUAUAACACAGCUAGCGGCCUAACAGCGGAUUAGCAUAACGCUGAGCUUGUGGCUAAGUGAGGAAACGGGAAUUUUCUGACUUCUGAGUAGGAAUAAUCUGUUUCAACUUGGAAUUCUCUGUUGGAAUUGAAUCCAAAUAACUGAUUUAAAGUCAGAUUUUAAGUUCUUUAAAAUGGCUAAAUGCAGGAGAAGAGCUGAUUUUUUUUAAAAACUAAAUGUGCUUGUUUUAUUUUCAGGACAGUUUUCAGUAAAUUAGCCUAGCCUAGCCUACAUCCUACAUUCUACUCCUAAAUUAAAUAAAACACAAACAGCUUUGAGAGAGGUUUUUUUUUUUUUUUUGAGAGUGUAUUCUGAGAUUCUGCACUCAUGUGAAGUUGUUUGAGAGAUUUUUUAGAUUCACACACGACACAAACGAGCGCUAGCUUCCUGUGAGCGGCCAUUUUGAUUCUGAACUUAAACAGCUCAGGCUUGUGUAAACGCUCUCAGGUGGGAAACAGGAAGUUCAGAGUUUGAUAUAACGUGAAAGGCAAAUCCGUACUCAUUUCUCCGUAACAUCGAGCUAGCACUAUUUAAAGUCACUUCUUGGGUUUUACACGUUACAUUACUACGCUAGCAAGCGUUAGAGAUUUAGCGAGCUAAUACACAGCUUGAAGGAAACUCGGAUGCUGCGUCUCAGUUCGUCUUCUAUCCGUCCUAAAUAGUGUCCGAGAUUAGAAUUAGCAUGUUCUAAAUCGCAGCACAUUGAAAUGAGGAUCCCAGAGAUACCCAGAUUAUUGACUAUUUCAGGUAGAGUUUUGAAGUGUCGAUCCGUGGACAUUUUUUCAGCUAAUAUUACCCACAAUCCCUUGCAUGAGGGAGGAGGAGGAGGAGUUUUAUGACGGUUCGUUUCGCCGAAUUCAAGGAUGCGUUUUAGAGAAGUGUAAAAGGGAAUGUUAAAUUAAAUAAUGUGGUAUAAAUUAUAUCAGGAAUAACGAAUGAAGAAAAGCUGAGAUGCGAUGAGGACACGUGUGUGCGUAACCAGGCAACAACAACAUUCUCUUCAUGACAUCAUGACGUGUUUGUGAGUUAGUAUGUCUCUGUAAUCGCAUACUCUUUUGCUACACACUCAAAAGUAUGUACCUUUUCUUCACAAGAAGAGUGCACAGUUUUAGUGCACAGUAUAAGUAGGUGGAUAGAGACGCAGGGAGUGUGUAGAGUUUUCAUUUUCUCGAGAUCGAGUGUGUUCCUGGUGAACAAUACACUCCGACACACACUGCGAGAACACACUCGUGACGUACGCUGUGCUUUGGAGUCGCUAGGGGAAGUGCACUAGUGUGUGUUGAGCAUGGUAUUGGAACACAGGGCUGGGUUUGGAUCAUGUUUUGUUUUUUUUUAUGUGAUUUUUUUUAUUUUCGAGCCGUGUACAACAUGUUGAUGAUGAUGAUGAUGAUGAUGGUGUAAAGACGACGUCAUGGUUGGUGUUCAGCCACAUUUACACUUUGGAUGGAUGAGUUUCAUAAACGAAAUUAUUUAUGACGCAGAGACGUCGAUCCUACAGAAAAUGUUUACGUCAUUUGUAUUGUUUCAGUUUGUUUUGUAAGUGUGAAGUUUAAAAAAUCACACACUUUAAAAAGCAAAGCUCCUACUGUCUCACACACACACAAACAAAUUAUUAAAAAUGUAAAAUUCUAAUAUAUUUUAAUAUGAAAUCUAUAUUUUUUUGUGUCAAUUGUACAAUUCUGCAAAUCUUAUCCCUGCUGUGUAGCUUCACCUGAAGAUAAACACAAUAAAAUUCAAAUAUUUAAACCUUUA